AUGUUCACUUCUAAAUCCAACUCUGUCUCUCCUUCUCCAUCUAUGGAACAAGCAGAUUCAGAUGUCUUGGAUAUCAGCACCAAAGUGCAGCUGUAUGGAGUGCUCUGGAAAAGACCUUUCGGGAGACCGUCUGCUAAAUGGUCCAGGAGAUUCUUUAUCAUCAAAGAGAGUUUUUUGCUUUACUAUGCUGAGGGAGAAAAGAAGAACUUUGAAAACAAUCGAUACUUUAAUAUACACCCAAAAGGUGUCAUACCUCUUGCUGGCUGCACCGUAGAAGCCAAAGAAGAGCCCAACAUGCCUUAUGGAAUGAAAAUCUCCCAUGAGGACUUCCAUGGUAGCAUCGUUCUAGCAGCAGAAUCAGAAUUUGAACAAGCUCAGUGGCUGGAGAUGCUACAAGAAUCUGGAAAAGUGACCUGGAGAAAUGCUCAGCUGGGAGAGGCUAUGAUUGAGACCCUUGAAGCACAAGGACUCCAGCUUGCAAAGGAGAAACAGGAGUAUUUAGAUAAACUGAUGGAAGAGACAGAGGAGCUGUGUCUGCAAAGGGAGCAGAGAGAGGCUUUGGAGCACCUCAACCAAGUCUUGGAGGCAGAGAAACAGCAGUUUGAGGAGGUGGUGCAAGAGCUGCGUGGGGAGCAAGAACAAAUUAAACGAGAACUGGAAAUGACAGCACGGUCUCUCAAAGGAGUGGAGGAAGAGAAGAAAGGGCUUCAAAGUCUGACAGAUGCGUUACAGAAAACACUGGAAGAACUUUCCCUGGAAAAGCAGCGAACCCUGGAAAUGCUGGAAGAGAAGAAGAGCCACUUGCAGCCCCAGACCAACGUUGGGGAGCAGCCCGAUGCUACUGGAUGCCUGCAGAGCAACCUGCACCAGAUUGAGGAGAAAAUGCACCAGCUACUAGAGGAGAAACUCCUGGCCGAGAAAAGAAUGAAGGAGAACGAGGAGCGUUCCCAAGCACUAGAGGAGGAGCGGGAGUUCUAUUCUUCUCAGUCACGGGCCUUGCAGACCUCAUUGUCUGAGCUGACCGCUGAGAAGCAACAGACUGAGAAAGACCUCAAGGCAGAAGUGAAGGUGCGCAUGGACCUGGAGAAACGCCUGCAGGAGGCUGAAGAGGCCCUGCAGAGUCUUGAGCAAGGCCUGAAUUGUCUGUAUCGGAACAAAGAGAAGGAAGAAAAAAUGAAAGCGGAUGUCAGCAAUCUGAAAAAAUUCUUUGAGGAAUGUUUUUUCAAGAUGCCAGAGAUCAUGAAGAACUCCGUGUACCUCCAAAAGGCUGCCACCCGCAGAAUAAAGAGCUGCCGAUUUCACCGCAGAAGAUCCAGCAAUGCUUGGAAUGACCUGCGGCAGUCACAAUCAUUCAUGUAUUCAGAGGCUGAAAGCAUAGAAGAGCUGAAGCAAGCUGCCAAGAAGCUGAGCCAAGACCAGCACUUCCGGGAAACCAUCUAUCAAAUCAUGACAUCACGUAAAGAUGCCUCCUUAGGCAACAAAAAGUGA